AAAUGUAAAUUGAAGAAUAAAAAUAACAACAAUACGUAUUGGGAAAAAAUCAGAUCUAAAUCUGAUUGGACUUUAAAUCGAAAGCAGUAAUAAGGAGAAAGGAAGAAGAAGGACAAACGGAGGCCAUUAAGCACACCCAAAGAGAUACUACCGGCUGAAAUAAACGUGUAUCUUCAGACGAAACGAAAGUGAUUAUUUUUACGUGAACAUGUCACGACCUUCGUCACUCGCAUGGAUGCUCAUGCUACUCUUAAGUCGCGUAGCCGGCGACAUAAAUAGCAGCAGGAGUAGUAGUGAAAAACAACCGUUGAAUUCCCCAACUGAGCUACCUACUCUCAUGGAGACAACAACGCCUGCCAUAGACGCAACCAGUGAUGAACUGCAACGGAGUCUGCGUUUCGAACCACCUUUCGUUGAUUUUGGUGAAGCGUGUCCUGUAGGUACUGCACGCGCAUACACAGUGACGCUAUUGAAUCAAAAUCUGAAUCGCAGUGUGUACCUGACUUCUGUGUCUGGACGUACACCUACGUUCUACUCGAGUUUUUUUGAGUCAAAAGUUGUUCCGCCGCAAGGUAAUACAACAUUCAAUGUGGUAUUUUUACCGCGUAUGCACGGCAUUGUUGCCACUGAUCUUCUCAUACACACAUCCUUCGGACAAGCACGUUUGCAAGUACGCGGCAAGGGACGAGAUUGUCCGUAUAGACUUAAGCCUUUGGUAGGAAUUAAGGCUCCGCUUAAUGCGACACUUACACCCGAAAUUCAGAUGUAUAAUCCACAUAGUAAACCACUUCAAAUACUCGAGGUUUAUAGCAGUGGAGGGCUUUUCCAAUUAGAACUGCCGAGUGGUGGCCAAGAAGGACCACAAACUCUAUGGGAGAUACCGCCAUAUGAAACAAAAUCGGUUAUAAGGAUUCGUUUCCAUGCACGAAACGUUGGUAAUCAUACGGCUUAUAUACGCAUUAAAAUAUCUGAUCAGGUGCAAGAAGGAAUUGGUGAGGCGGUGGGCACUGGCGGAAAUGUGUUAGUAAUUCCAGUCGAGUUUGAAAUUUUACCAUUGCAUGGCUUGUAUGCAGAUAAUCCCGUUGUUAACUUCGGUCGUUUUUCAACAAAAGCAAGCGGUGAUGUAGCGCGUGGGAGCAGCGUAAAACCUGUACAAUUUAAGCUACAUUUACACAGUUCGCAUAUGCGUCAACAGUACGAGCUGCUUGACUUUAAGCUUCGUAACAUUUCUGGAUUAGCAUUCGAUCCCAAGGAUGGAGUGGUCAUGCUGGAGGUAGAUGCGUUUGAUAGCACAACAAUAUUGGAUGAGUUAAUGGUUUUGAGAAGUAUACCACGAGAGCCACUACAGGACUCCAUUACCCCAUCACCGCAUGAAUUUACAAUAAUAAUUCGGGCAGAACUAUUCAAAGGCUCGCUACACUACGAUACGAAUUCUACAACCUUUAUAACGCAAGCCACACUUGGUACGCGAGGUGGCAAUAAGCGUACAUUGGUGUUGCGUAAUGACUAUGAAAAACCUUUAGCGUUGCUCAAUGUGAGCCUGCCACAGGAUGAUAUAGGCAGUCGUGCGUUACGUGCUCAAUUUAGUAGCGAUUACCUCGACGCUAUAGCCGACAGUGCAGCUGGCUCCCUUGUACUACCACCAGGAGGUUCUUUAGCGCUGUUGCAACUACAGAUGCUUAAUUCCAGCAUGACAUAUAAGGCUAAUUUACUCCUUCGCACUAAUAUUACACAUGUUCAGUUGCCACUGGUAGUAUGUGGUGGCCGCUUGCAUGUCUCCACCUAUGAUACAGCGCGCAUUCAAGCUGAUGGACCAUAUAGCGUUGAUCUAAAUCUAGGCGCCAUUCCAUUGGCAGAGACAUCGCAUGACGGUUACAUUGUGUUGCGCAAUCGUAAUCCCUUGCCUGUAAAGUUGAACACAUGGAACUUUGUAUCGCCGCAGGGUGUCUACUUUCAUACCACUUUUCGCGGUUGUUUACGUCCUGCUUCUUUGCGAGCGUUACGCAAUACAACGCUGAAGUUGGAGAGUGCCAAAUUCAAAUUAUGCACUCAAUUAGAGGAAGGUGAUGUAGCCGUCUUUCAAGUGGCGAUACAAUCGUACAUAACUGAGCAACAUCAAUGCACCCUGAAGAUAUGGACUGUUUAUGAAGAGAUAACCACAACGGUACGUUUUCGCACAUGGAUUGGCAAAUUGGAAGUGGAUCAAGAGCAACUUUACUUUAAUGACUGCUUUCCGGGCAAACAGUGUUCGGCAGAAUUAGCAAUACGUUCCACAUUUCAGCACUCCAUACAUAUAACUUCUAUAAAUUUUACUGAUGCCGGGUUGCAUUUUGAGGAUUACAACAUUAACGGCUCGACUAUCGAGGGCAACGCUAUGACCAAAGUGGGCCGUAUACACGUCAGUCCAUCAUUGUUCUGUCAAAAUCGUUGCUAUAUACCGCAAGAUGAGCGAACUAACACACUUGCAUUCCCCGCACCGCCAAAUACUCGUGGUGGCCCUAAUAACAAUUUACAUUUUGAUGAGACAGAGUUGCGUCGCAGAACAGAGUUAUUUCGCCACCUAAAGUACGACUUUCAAAAUAUCGUUUUCACACUGAAUAGCCAAGAGUUGCGGCAAUUCCUUUUACAGUUGAUUAUCGACAUAGAGUGGCCGAAAUUCGUCACUGAGAAACCAAUUCUGCCAACUGUAGAAGUGGGUAAGCCGCACGAAGUGCAGGUGCUACUUAGCAACCCGGCGGAGACACCAGUGCUACUGGAUUACUUCUUAGCUGAUCCAACGUAUGCGAAGGCGACAGAGUUGUCUCUGCCACUAGAAGUAGUGGAUAUCGUGCCACACUGCUAUCUAACCGAUAAGGAAGUAUUCACUUUGCCAAGAGGUGCGCCGCGACAGCCAGUACUAUUGCAACCACGUACAAGCUUACCAGUAACGGUUCGUUUAAACGCACCUAUGGCGGACACUUAUUGUACAUUGUUGCACAUAAGAAAUAAUCUGACACUAUACGAAGCGGUCUGGGUUAGCGCGAAGGUUGUGGAGUCCGAAUUCCGGCUGGGCAAUCGUAAACCCGGUUCGAAUGUAUCGCUUACAUUUAAUUUUACUGAAAAGCAUUUCUCUAUUUGCAAUCCAUCCACCACACAUCAACACACGCCUAACGGUCAGAAUGUCAUUGGCGUGCUUAAGUAUCCGAAGGUAUUACUAAAGCGAAAAUUCACGGCAAGAAACACUGGAGAAAUUCCCAUUUGGAUAGAAAGUUUUCAAAUCGGCAAUCAAAUGUGCUCUGGUUAUGGUUUCAGAAUAGUGGAUUGUGAGAGUUUCGCUUUAAAGGCGAACGAGACGAGAAAGAUUGAGAUUGUAUACACCCCCGAUUAUACCAUGAAUCGCAUUAUAGUGCCAUUAAAGAUACUUACCAAUCUGUCUUAUGAUGUUGAGUACACAAUGGUGGCGCAACUACCACCGGGUACGAUCGAUCAAUGUUCCAUCUUGAUAGGGCGUCCAGAAUGGGAAGAACGCAUACGCAGCGCGGCAAUUGUUGUGUUGGCUACUACAUUUGUUUUUGUGCUGAUUGCCGCUCACAUCGACUAUGACAACAUAUUGCAUAGUCAGACGGCUUUAUAUGAAGCACGCGACAAAGGAUCUGUACAUCCGACAUUUAAUCUGCGCAAUAUUGCGUUGAAGGCACAGGCAGCCACGCAUGUGCAUGAAGAACAACCACAAACGACCAGUCGAUUAGCAGCGAAUGUACAAUCAACGCGUUGCGGUGGCAACCACUCACAACACCCAAAAGGUAAUACGAGCAGCAGCUGUAGUAGCAGUGGCAGCAGUGGUAGCUGCGGCAACAGCAAUACUGGCGUGAAGAAACGAAGCUUAAAGCGGCAAAACAAUUCGAAUAGUAAUGCAACGUCGUCUCGUGUAAGUCUACCAUGGUCACUGGAUUUGAAUGUUUUCAAGAGUAGUGCGCCAUUGCCAAAAACAACAAGUGAGAAUGAUAAAGCUAACCCCAGCAGUGGCGUAACUGGCACUCAACAGUCGACGGGAAGUGAAAACAGUGGCAAAAAGAGCUCAUCUACAUCAACUCAGCCCAAAGCAAAUACGCACAAUGAUAAAUUGGAUAGAAGCAACAGCGGCAGCAGCGCUAGUAACAGUAACACCGCGGGUAAGAAACAACAGAUACAAGCAGCGCCAGCACAGCCACAGGUGCAAACAACGCCGCCGAAACAGCAGCAAACACGUGGUGCGCGCAAACCCAAAAAUACCGUUGCUGUUGCAGUACCAGUGCCCGAAAAAACAGACAAAGACAAAGAACAACCAAACGGCAAUGGUAUCAAUCAAAGAGCACAAUCUAACAAUGCUGGUAAUACAAAGAACGCACGUAGUAAUACGAAUACCAACAAGUCUGCCGUCGGCGAAACCUUGAGUAAUAUUAAUGCUAAGGCCAAUGUACCGGAUGCUGGAACCAGUGGCGCACCAAUUUCUACACCAUCUCCUCCCAUUAAGGAUGUGGCACCGCAAAGUUCUUCAACCGGCGCAAAGUAUGGGAAGACGCCAGGUCGCGAACGCCGCAAAGACGCACAAAAUACUAACUCUGCAAAUAUUGCAAAUGAUGUUGCUAUUUCGAAUGGUCCGUCGUCGUCGGCGAAUACAUCACGACGUGCUGAACGCAGAAGUCGUCAACGUGCGGCAAACGCAUUGCGCACAUUAAAUUUCGGUGAUACAUCAGCAACUGCCGUAGCGGUAACACGCAUAAGGCCUACGACUGGAAAUGACAAUGGUGGUGUCGGUGGUGGAGGAGCAACUGGUGGCAUGGGUGGUUUAUUGGGUUGCUUAAGUUCGCCAUGGGAUACUUGUCAGGCUACUUUCAGCGAUGUAUUGCAAGCACCGCCCGUCAAUGUGCCGAGCAAAAACUCAACUAAAGCAAACGAUAAAUCUAAUUUCGAAAUUGGUGAUAGCAAGUCGGCAUUCUUUUUCGCCGACAACAUGAAAGAAACAUCAGAACAUGAUUCAGAGUUUACCAAUAAAGAGUUGCCACAACAAACGCAGCUUUUUGGACAAAACUCAGCAGACGCGGUUUUGGAUAAAGUAGCUGGUGCAAACUCUACUGAAUUGGGUCCAAUCGGUUCGAAGAAAUCGCCUUCGUCUACUCCCGUUUGGGAGCCAAUUAACAGUAGUAGCAGCAGCAGUGGCAGUAGCAUCCAUAGUGGCAAUGGUCUACAAAUUCCAAAGCCGAUUGUCUCUACAGGGGACUGCAGUUUCUUCUCGGAUCUUUUAACCACGUAUGAGUAUGAUGGAAAUCGACAACAACUUAGAGAUCUCUAUGAAGUGAAAAAAGCACGAACCGAAUAUUUCGAAUAUAUUUACAACGCACGGCAGCAGCAGUUGCAAGCUCAAGUGCAGGCACAUGUUCAGGCACAGCAGCAGCAGUUGAUGCAAGGUGUUGAUUGGCCGCGUCUCAACUCGGGCACUUGGUCACCAAUGGCGUAUUCGGGACAACAUGAUACUCCGGGUCUUAGUAACGCUGCACUCGCUACAACUGUUCCAUCGCCUUGUGCUGCGUUGAUGAGUGGAUUAGGGGCUCCAGUAGUUGGUGGUGGUAACGCCGGCGCAACCGGUUGGCCUAUCGGUGGCGCCAUCUCUUCAACUAGCAAUGUUGUCAAUGGCAGUGUUGGCCCUACGAUUAUACGUCCGCCGCCAGGAUUGGAAAGCAACUUUCAGGGUAUAAACAAUACACAAGCAGUAGCGCAACAACAACAACAGCAACAACAAUCAUUAAAUGUUUCGCCAACUGAUGCAGGUGCUACCAUCACAGCCGACAUGCAGACAUUCGAUCCAUUUAGUUCACUCAGCUCUAUUUGGUCGGACAGCUGGCAGAAACGCAACAAUAGUAACAACAGCAAUACGAACAACGGCAACAUGAAAUAAAUGGUGGUGUAAGAUGUGUGUACGGACCUGAAUGUUUGAAAAUGUUAGGUUGAGCACGUUUUUGAUUAACAUUGCAAUUUUUGAUGUGCUUUGUAAUAUUGUCUUUUUUCACCAAAUAUUUACGGACUGUAUACAAAGUAAACGGAUUUAUAACGUAUCGUUUAACGUAGCCAUACAAUGCGCUUACAUUAACCGCUAAACUCUGAA